ACUACUUUUUCAUAACCUAACUUAACCGCUUCGAAGAUUUUCAAAAUGUUGAACUCAAAGGAGUCACAGGAUUCUCACAUUUCAGCACCUUGUGGAGUAGUUUUUCCACCGAAUAAACCAAUGGAACCUCGAAAAAAAUUUUCCACUGUUCCAGUCGUGUACGAUUCGUUGUUUUUUCUGGAUUUCAACGAAAGGGGUAACUGCAUCCUCGGGUCUUCAGAGGUAGCUGGGACAUUUUGGGAAGGCACUUUGCUUCAUUUUCAAGAUGAUAAACACAUGGAAGAUUUUGAUUAUAAUGGGCAUUAUAUUUACUCCACUGCCUCAGAUGGAAAAUUUCUGACCACAAAUACUAUAGCAUUAGCUGAAGAUACUGGCCAUAUUAACAUUCUGUCACUAGAUGAGGAUAGGAAAAUUAGAACAACAAAUUACCUCAGACUGGGUGAACACAUUCCAAAAAUUGAGACAUGGAAAGACUCAAAUAGAAUUUUAGCAUGUGCUGGUAGAUCUGUUUCAAUUUGGGAAGCUGAUUGUGUGGAAAGGAAACCAGUAGAGAAAUUUGAUAACAUUCACUUGGAACCUGUGAUAUGUGUAGAUACAUUGAAAAAUAACAAAAAUAUGUUCAUUUCUGGUGGUGUGGAUAGAAUGGCUUGUAUUUGGGACUUGAGAAACUCUGUUCCAUGCACAGUGCUCUACAACAAUGAAUUCUCUUCACUGAUGAGCAUAUCAUGGAACCAAUAUGAUGAUAAUUACAUCAUAGUAGGAACUUUGGCAGGAGAUGUCUAUCUGCUUGACAAACGUGAGCCCAAGUCUUUCAUAUCAGUGUUGCACUGCUUUGACAGGAAGGUCAACAGAAUAGGCUUCAAUGAUGCAAAAGAAUUUGCAGUUUGUGGUGAUUCCCCUGAAGUGUUGAUAGUGAAUUGCAAAUCCAGUUAUUUAGAAACAAUUUAUAGAAAUGGAAAGCACCCAGGGCAUGUGAAAGAUCUGAAAUGGCACAAGGGAACAUUGUAUACUUGUGGAUUUGGCAAAUGUGUGGUCAAGCAUGUGAGACAAAAGUAGUAAAAAGGGGUUUGAGGAAAUUUUAUUUUUGUACUGUUUCUUUAAUAUGAGGGAUAAAAUCAUUCAAAGUAUAGGAUGUCUGCAUGUGAAAUAAAAAAAGUAGCUCCAAUAAUCUUUUUUUGUAAUUGUGACAUUGUCUUGGAAUCACUAUACUAGAAUAUGCAAUUUCCACUAGAUCUGGAACUGUAAAUUAAUCAUAAUUCCUAAUAGAAAAUAAGUAGAAAUAGUAGAUAUAUGAAAAUAUGCAUCAAAGCUGUUUAUGUUUCAUUGGUUCACAUUUGUUUUUCAUUUGCAAUUAUUGUGGUCAAUCCUUCAAAACAAACCACUAAGAAGUGUUCAAUUUGUUUCCGUGCUAUUUUCUAGAAGGUUAGUAGAACUGAUGAUAAUUUUAAUAAUCAGUUAUACCAACCUUGAUUUUCUAUCGGGAAUUGCAUCUGAAUUAGCUGGAUUCACUGUUGCUUGUAUACAUUAGAUUGAUUCAAAGCUGUAAAAGUGUGAAUUUUGUGGAAAACUUAUUCAUGAUUUUCUUUAUUGAGGUUAAAAAUUGAUUUGAAAAAAACAAUGCAUUGAAUUUAAUUCACUUUAUUGAAAAAGAAGUUAUAGUUUAAUAAAAAAAAAACUGUCACUGUAAUCAUUAUAUUAAAAGCUAAGACCUC